ACCUGCUCUGAGGUGUUUCACCCUAAGAGGAGUAGAGGUGCAACUUCACAAGACUAAACUGCACCUGUAUUCUAUAACAGCUGUUCUAUUAAUGCUGCUGCUAUGCCAGCACUGCCCAAAUCAGGCACCUUCUAUAGCAGACAGACAGUAGGCAGCAGUGGGAGCAACCGGGUUCUCUUAGAAUGGAUGCACUGUACAAAGAAUUUGGGAAGUGAUGUACCAUUUUCCCUCACUUUGCUGAUAUUUGAGGAAAGAGGAAGCAGUGGUCUCCCUGUCAGACCCUGAGUCAUGUCACUUUCCCUUGCAGGCUGUCUGUUUGUGUGGUCUCCUACCAGAGAUAGGAGGCAGCUGAGCACAGGGCUCCAGGCAACGAGUGAGUUGCAUUGCUUGGAGAUAUUUAUGCCCUGUGUGCGUGGUUGUAGUAGCCAAGCAUCAUAAAAGACUUUCCUAAUCUAGUUCAAAAUCCAAAGACCGGGCAAGUCCAACCCACCCUGCGCGCUGCUCUUGCUGGAAGCUGAUAAGCAGUCACAGUUGCUCAGCUGACAGUUGUGGGGACAGCGAGCAGUGGUGACACACAGCUCUGGCCCUGCUGUCUGAGCCUUUGGCUAUGGUCGUCUUUGGGCGGAAGCUUACGUCUUUCUCGACGAUAGCACUUAGCAAGUUGCAGCAUGAGAAGAAGUAUGACAUUUAUUUUAUGGAUGGAGAAGUUUAUGCGCUGUACAGGAAGCUGCUGCAGCAUGAAUGCUUUUUAUGUCCAGAUUUGAAGCCGUUCAAUACCUUUGCAGAUCUGGAACAGCACAUGAGAAAGCAGCAUGAACUCUUCUGUUGCAAACUCUGUGUUAAACACUUAAAGAUUUUUACAUACGAAAGGAAAUGGUACACUCGUAAGGACCUUGCACGCCAUCGAAUCCAUGGAGAUCCAGAUGACACCUCUCACCGUGGGCAUCCCCUGUGUAAAUUCUGUGACGAGCGUUAUUUGGAUAAUGAUGAGCUACUGAAGCAUCUGAGACGAGAUCACUAUUUUUGUCACUUCUGUGACUCUGAUGGUGCUCAGGAGUACUACAGCGAUUAUGAAUACCUUCGUGAACACUUCCGUGAAAAGCAUUUCCUUUGCGAAGAGGGACGGUGCAGUACAGAGCAGUUUACCCAUGCUUUCCGCACUGAAAUAGAUUACAAAGCACACAAAACAGCUUGCCACAGCAAGAACAGGGCCGAGGCCAGGCAGAACCGGCAGAUAGAUCUUCAGUUUAAUUAUGCUCCUCGGCACCAGAGGAGAAAUGAGGGUGUUAUAGGUGGAGAGGACUAUGAAGAAGUGGACAGAUACAACAGGCAAGGGAGGUCAGGCAGAUUGGGUGGCCGAGGAAGUCAGCAGAACAGAAGAGGCAGCUGGAGAUACAAGAGGGAAGAAGAAGACAGAGACGUUGCAGCAGCAGUCAGGGCAUCUGUAGCUGCUAAACGACAGGAAGAGAAGAAACGGGGAGAAGACAAAGAGGACAGCAGCAGUAGAGGUAAAAAGGAGGACUUGAGGGAUUCUGAAGUACCCAGCUCCAAACGUGUGCCAAAGUCUUCAAGUGAAGCUACAGAAGCAGCUGCUAAUGGUGCUUUAAGCCAAGAUGACUUUCCAGCAAUUGGUUCUGCAGUGGGACCUCUACAAGGCUCUGCUCAGCUAGCAGCAGUUAAGCUUAAAGAAGAUUUCCCAAGCUUGUCAUCCUCUGCAGCACCCGCUAUCCCUUCUGGGAUGGCUUUGACGUAUACAGCGACUGCAAAGAAAACAGCUUUUCAAGAGGAGGAUUUUCCAGCUCUGGUGUCUAAAAUGAGGCCCAACAAUAAAAUAGUAACUAACAUCACAUCUGCAUGGAACAGUGGUUCCAGUAAAAAUGUGGUCAAAGCCAUUAGCAACCCUUGUGUAAAUCAGAUAGCCAAAAAAUCAUACUCGUUGAAUAGCACUAAAGGAAAUAAGAAGAGCAAUAAACUCUCUCAGUCAGAUGAUGAAGAUGGCAGUAGUGGCUUGACAACCCAGGAGAUAAGGAACACACCAACAAUGUUUGAUGUAUCAUCCUUGCUGGCAGCUUCUACCUCACAAACUUUCACAAAAGUGAGCAAGAAAAAGAGGAUGGGGGUUGAGAAGCAGAGGCCGUCAUCCCCACACCUGUUACAGGAGACAUCAUUGCCCAGGUCAUGUAUUGAAAAGCUGCCAGAAGCAGAGCGGACAUCAAACACUGCUUCUGCUCUUCAUGCAUCUGACAGAUCUGCAGCUGUUGUGAAUGGUCAUUCAGAAAAAUCAUUAGCAAUCUGUAGUACACCCAAAGAGCCCCCUGGCCUUAAAAAGCCCACAGUGACGAACCAGUGCCCUUUACCUCAGGAAGACUUCCCAGCUCUUGGGAGCUCAGGAUCAGCUCGAAUGCCACCGCCACCGGGUUUUAACACUGUGGUGCUAUUAAAGAGUCCUCCUCCGCCUCCGGGACUGUCAGUGCCUGUUAGUAAACCCCCACCAGGUUUUGCUGUUAUUCCAUCCACCAGUAUCUCUGAACCUGUCACUACAUCUUUGAAAGAGCCAAAAUCCAGCCAUGGGACAUACUUGAUACCUGAAAACUUUCAGCAAAGGAACAUUCAGCUAAUACAAUCCAUUAAAGAAUUCCUCCAAAGUGAUGAGUCCAAGUUCAAUAAAUUUAAAACUCAUUCUGGGCAGUUCAGACAGGGUCUGAUUUCUGCAGCACAGUAUUACAAAAGUUGCCGAGAACUGCUUGGAGAUAAUUUCAAGAAAAUUUUUAACGAGUUGCUGGUGUUGUUGCCAGACACAGUUAAGCAACAGGAACUGCUUUCUGCUCACAAUGAUUUCAGAAUCAAGGAAAAGCAAAGUUCAAACAAAUCCAAAAAGAACAAAAAGAAUGUUUGGCAAACGGACUCCAACUCUGAUCUCGACUGCUGCAUCUGCCCAACAUGUAAGCAAGUACUCACGCAGCAGGACAUUGUUACUCAUAAAGCUUUGCAUAUUGAGGAUGAGGAGUUCCCUUCCUUACAAGCAAUCAGUAGAAUCAUCAGUUAGCUCUUAUGAAGACCAAUAAAACAGUUUCUAUCUAUGAAUAUGCACUUUUUGGAAUGAGGUUUGACAGUGUAGUGUGGCUGAGAGCCGGUGCCAGUUGAGUACUGAUACACAGAUAACUGUUAGAGAGCCCUCUCAGUGCUGUUCAUAAAUACUGUGCAAAGGGAUCACUGGACUGCGCCGUAGCUAAUUAACAUCCAAAGUCUGAGCUUCCGAAAUGCCUGAGUAGAAUUAGGCCAAAAUCGCAGGGUGGGCAGGCAGGGGGCCACCUUUCUCCUGUAACAUGCAAUAGCUGAGAAAAUACUUUCUGAUCUUAAGUCUGACUGGGGACACAAUAGGGGAAUAUGCAUCUGGCUUGGGGGGUUUUCUUUCUUUAGGGACGGGUGGGAGCAGAGAGGGGGAGAUAAUGAAUCACUGAAGUGAAUAGAAGCAGAAGUGACUUCCCUUAUAUUCUGAUUUUUGUGCUGUUUCUGUGACCACAGAAAUCGAAGCAGUCAGGGGUGGAGAGAUGCAGAACUGCUCCUACUCGCUGGUGAAUAGGGCCAAUUCAGUAGUGUGUCUGUAAACGUUGGGCUGCUCGUAUAGCUAAGAAUAUUCCUGUCUGAAAACUGAAUUAAUUUUACUACUUGAAGAAUUGGACUGAUCUGUGUGAUGAGUUGAACCUGAGGUUUGAACUUGCCUCUGACCUUUUAUGUAACAUGUUCUUUAAAGAAACUUCUUUUGUAGCACUGCAUGUAGAACAAUAAUGUUAAGGCUUUACUUUCUGUAAAGCAUACUUCACGGUGAUUUUAUUUAAUGAUUGCCACGUUUCUAUUUCUUGGAUGUAUUAAUGGUGGUAGCUCCAACCAACAGCAUAUUGGGACAUUAAAUGCUGCUGAUCACUGACCAUGUUUAUCUGCAGUGCCUUUAAGUGCAUUUAUCUGUUUACAGUGGUCUGCACUGAGGAUAAUUUGUUCAGACUAUGGAGUGUUUACAUCCUGUAUCUGCCUUGGUGAUGUUGGUCUGCAGUAGCUUUGCUCACGUUGCUUGCCAUCUGUAACUUCCACCUCUAGGAAAACAGGAGCUGAAUCUAUUCAUCAUUUGAAAUAACUUCUCCAGCAGCAGCAGUGAUGUGACGGAGUGACAUGUCCUCCCUGCAGCGCACUUUCAUGGCUAUAAUCAUGCAUCUGAUUCUUGCCCAUCUUUGCAGACCAGGUUUAGUUAUUUUUAACACGUUGAGAUUAAUUUAUGUAAUUUUUAAGUGACAAAACACUGCUUUUAUAUAAGCAUUUCUAUGAAUUUGAGCUCAGACUAUUACUGAAGAGCUAGUCCUGGCUACAGCAUUUCUUCCUCGCCUUAUACUCGUUAAUUUUGCUUGCUCUCAGGCUGCAAAGUGCUUUUGGUUCCUUUUUCCAAAUAAUUCAAACUGUUUUGAAUACCUGAAUGUGUUGUAUUCAGCACAGGGGCCAGACUGCAUGCCCUGAAAGGGGGGGAGGAGCGUUAGGCUGCAUGGCUGUUGAUUAAAUGCAUGAAUACGUUGCAAGUAGUAACGCUUUCGUGUUCCUGGCGCGAGGCGCUGCCUCUUGAGCAGAGAUGGCUGUGCCACCACCACGUCAGUGCUCCACUUUGGAUGCCAGCUGCCCAAGUCAGCUACAGAUCUACAUCGUCAACUCUUUCCCCUGACCACCCCUUGGGUUUGUAAAGCUCAGAGGAAACAAAGUGUGUAUCUUCUGCAGGAGUUUCUGACGUCUUCCCUUUAUUUUUCAGUUUAUUUUCUUCCAUGUUAGCAAAUGCGUGAGUUGCCAGCUGGCAGGCUGAGAACUCGCGGUGCUGCUGUAAGUUUCCUCGAGGUGCUCGGUUCUCCUUGGCCUGACGAUGCAGUUUCCUUGCUCCCUGUGCUCACCUGAUUAAAUAAAGCAUUACCAAAUUUG